AUGAGAUUCUUUGGCCCUUUGCUGUUAUUUCAGUGUGUUUUUUCGGACGAUCCGGUUGGGGGACAGCCGGAUAGAUGGGCAAACUUCACAAGUGAUUAUGAGUUCUACGCCACGAAGAGCGUCGUCAACCUGGAGCGCAACACCGGAACUGAAUUUCUCAAAUUCUACCGCAGACUCAAUGACCAAAGACCCGGGGCCGACCCAGAUCAGAUCAUGUCGGUGCGAAAAAACGGAAUCUACACGACUGCCAAGUGGGAUUUCGCCGGCAACAAAGUUCACUUCCUCUACGAUGGUUUCGAGUGCGACACGAAGCAACUUGAGUCUUUCAAAGGCAGUCCAAUUUUCAUCCCGGAGUUUCAAAAUCCCGAGACGAGUGUCGACUACGAGUUCGUGCCACUGUUGGAAGUGCUGAUGAGUCCGGAUUUCGUCACGGACGUCAAAAAGGUUGAGCCUGAGCCGGAUCUCGAGCCCACUAGUGUUCGUGGGAAAGUAGCGUGGCAGUGGAGUGCAAGACUCAAAUAUCCGGACAAGGCCGCGUCGUAUGCACUUGAUGUCUUUUAUUCAAUACCAACAGAAACUUCCGUUUCCAUCCCGCUGCGCGUCGUCCAGUACAUCGACGAAGAAGCCACUGCUGUGUUGCAAGUGUACGAAAUCUUCAGAGUAAGAUUAGAAACGCCCCCCGCGGAAGUAUUUCUGUUGCCGGAUCUGACGGUUUGCCAGACCUCGCACACACCGGAAAUUCCACAAAUGUCCGCCAAAGCCUGGCAUAGCAAACUUGAAGUCAAGGAUUACAUUUACGGCGCUGGAGGUUUCGAAUCGCCAGUUUACGAUAUGAGCAUUCACUACGACUACGAUAAGAAAUUGGCGAGGUACACACUCGAUACGGCUGGAUUUGCGGAUCUUAUCAAUGCCUAUGGACUCACAGAAAUGGAGUUUAUCCACGAUUUUAGCUCGGAUUUAGGUUACGCCGUUGAUCGGGUUACGGGAAAUUGCUCAAUCUACUCGUUGGACCCUAGUUUCGGCGACGACCCGGCAUCCGAUUUGUGGUAUCAUGGCGGAAAGAUAUCAAUGCACUCGCCUGAGUGGUUUUGGCAGAUUCCAGAUCCAAACGAGUAUUGGUACAAGGCAACGUUCCAAAAACAAUCUAUGUAA